AUGUCUCUUUUUCUCAUCCGGCUCCGCCUUGGAAAACCAAGAAAAUCCUCUGUUCUUCUUCGUCUUUUCUCCAAUGGCUUCUCAACUUCCUGUGGUCCUUGUCUCAUCACUGGCGCUGAACCUUGUGGAGAGGGGAUGGGAAGACUUGAGAUUUACGAUCGUAGUGGAGAAUCUCGAGAUUUCACUUGUUUGGAAAAGAAGGUGCCUCUGGAGUUGUUGUAUGCAAACCCAAUGGUAACGAUCGGGGCAUCUCAUGGCUGGAUAGCUACUCUCAAGGACGACGGAGUCCUGCGUCUCCAAGACGAUCUAAACCCUUUUGCAUCCAGUACAGAUCCGAAACGCAUCCCGCUGCCACCUCUUGUGACGCUUCCACAUUGCCAAACCCAAAUCGUCACCAACGUGUCAAUGUCCACAUCUUCUCCAGAGAACAAUGACUGUGUUGUGGCUGCCAAGUUCUUGGGACCUCAACUCAGCUUUUGCAGACCAGCAGCUUCAUCCGAGUGGACAAACAUCAAAAUUGAAAACCCCUGUUUCUUCUCCUCCCGGGUCAUGUUCUCCGAGGGAGACGGGAUGUUUCGCAUGCCCGGACGUGGUGGACACCUGGUUGGAUCAUGGGAUCUCAGCCAAAAACACAAACAAAAGAUUCAGAGGUUGCGGUUUCAAAACCUUCCCGAGCUGAGCAAGGCCAAGCGGGAGCUUUUGCAUUCGUGUUUCACGAGCGAGCACUUGGUGGAGUCAAGAACCACGGGCGAAACUUUCAUGGUUAAGUGGUACAGGAAGACCGGCAUGAGUCAGUCGAAAAUGAAAACGAAAGCUUUGAUGGUGUUCAAGAUAGACGAACAAGGAAACGCAGUUUACACUCGAGACAUUGGAGAUCUCGUCAUUUACCUCUCCAAGUCUGAACCUUUCUGUCUUCUUGCUAGCUCUUUCUCCCGCUUGGAGCCUAACCACGUAGCAUACUUAGAUGUCGACGAAGUUGAAGAUGUCGAUCUGCAACUCGAAGAACGUGGAGAUCCCUUCGACAUGAUUCGUUCUCCUAGAGUCCCGGCCCCAUACUAUAUCCCACCUCAAGAAAUAGACUAG